AAAAUUGUAAUAAAGUAAAAGUUAAUGUUAAAGAAAAUUAUUAUUAAAGUGUAAUCUAAAGGCAAAAAAGAGAAUAUUUCCCCCCCUUGGAAAAAAGCGAAAUAAAAGAAAAAUAAUCAAAAAUAUAUGCUUCAUUAAGUGUUUCAAAGAAUAAAGUAAAAAAAUAAAUAAAUUUUAAAAUUAUUAUUAUCUGCAUGAAAAAUAAAGAAAUAUUCUUUUAAUGUAAAAAAUUUAUGUGAAAAAUUGUAGAGAAAAUUUUAUUGCGAAAAAGAGAAAAAUUUUUUUCAAAAAAACUAAUUUGAAAAACUUUUUAUAUAAAAAUUCCCGGAUUUUUGUGGAUAUUAAACAAACGUCUUGAAACUUAUCUAAAUAAAGGAUUAAUAAAGAUUCUACAGAGUUUCAAAAAUCGAAGGAUAUAUCAAAAAUCGAAGACAACAGGCAUUUUACUGAAACAACAAUAAAUAUAAAAAAAAUAUUUAUAAAAAAACAAUAAUUGUUGCAACUAAAUUUGAACACGUACCACACUAAAGCUGCAAGCGUCAACGUGACAAUAUUUGCCAACAUUUCUAUUGAAGAGAGCACGUCAGACAGACGACACCCAAGCAAGGAAUAUAUAUACAAGAUUUUUUACAACUUAAUAUUACUUUUCUACAAACAUAUAAAUGCAAAAAAACAUAAAUAAUAACAACUAAAUAACAAAUAGAGCAACAUUAUUUUGUAACAGCAAACAAAAAACCAAAAACUAUAAUUUUUUGGAUAGAAAAAUAAAAAACUUUUUUUCUUUUCGUUGCCAUACAAAAAGAAAAGGAUAAAAUAAAAUAAAAACACAGUAGCAAGUGAUAAAUUGCCCUGAACGUAACAAGACGCUCAUAAAAACUUCAACUUUAAGCAUUUUAUGGUGAAUGUCCUUUUUGUUGGUUUUGCACUUUUACGCCAAACAGUAUACAAUAUACUUUGGCAGCUGGAGGGGAACACUUAACAAUUUCAACAUCAUUUCCUAAGUGCACAGACAUUCUCUACGAGACAUAUAUAGAGAGAAUAUAAAAAAAAAACAAGGCGACGACGAGAAGUAUCCAACUACUACGUGGUGUCGCUAAAGCACUUGAGAAAAAAAGAAGGACUAAGAAUUCCUUUUGCCACUUUUUAGUAGUACUCUCAAGGAAAAACGACAACGACAUUGCUGUUGUUGUUUUUGUUAGUGUUAAAGGAUCAAGUGCAAGGUUAUAUUACAUUUUCAAAUCGCAAUAGCAUUGUACUUGACACUCAAUGUUAUAGUUUCCUUGCUGCCACUACAACAACAAAAAAUAUUAAAUACAAUACAAAACACAAUAAAGAAAAAGCAAGAAAAGUUUUCUCUAUAACAAAAAAAAACCUAAAAGAAGUAAUAAAAUUUUUUUUAAACAUCGUGUUUUGAAUUGAGUGCAAAACAUGAAAGCAGCAUAAACUUUUACUCCCUUACCCGCCUAAAAGUAUGCAAUUUUUUAACUAUCAACAUAACUGCCAAUAAAUAUACUACAGAAAAUUUGUCUUUUUCUUGAGUAAUACGAAAGCGAAGUAAUAUUGACAUUUUAUGUUUAUUACAUGUGUUAAGGAAAAUGUUAUAAAUAUGACAUCCUCGCUAAGCAGUUCUUGUACUAAGAGCUGCCAACCCCGCUCACAACAUCAUCACACUUAUCAUUUAAGUAGUACAAUACAACAUCAACGACAGUCCUGGUUUAAUAUCGAUGUGCAAAGAAUGCUGAAUUUGAGAGUUAAUAAAAGGAUAUUUUUAAGUUUUUAUUUAACAUUGCUGAUAACGAUCUCAUUGCAAGGAGUUAAAGCUCAAUAUCAAUCACCGCGUAUAAUUGAACAUCCAACGGAUUUGGUGGUUAAGAAGAAUGAACCUGCUACAUUGAAUUGUAAAGUUGAGGGUAAACCCGAACCGACUAUUGAGUGGUUUAAGGAUGGUGAACCGGUAAAUACAAACGACAAGAAAACACAUCGAGUGCUGUUCAAAGAUGGUGCCCUGUUCUUCUAUCGCACAAUGCAAAGUAAAAAAGAACAAGACAGCGGUGUCUACUGGUGUGUGGCCAAAAAUCAUGUUGGCAAAGCUGUAAGCAGACAUGCCACACUGCAAAUUGCGGUUUUGCGUGAUGAUUUUCGCGCCCAACCCAAGGAUACACGUGUGGCUAAAGGUGAAACGGCAUUGUUGGAAUGUGGUCCACCCAAGGGUAUACCCGAACCAACGCUCAUAUGGAUGAAGCUCUUCUCUGUGCAGGUGGAAAAAAGCAGUUCAUCAAUAUUACAUCGUUCAGCAGAUCCCAGUACAUAUCCAGCACCACCCGGUACCCCAAAAGCUGUAAAUGUUACACAAAAUUCAAUUGCAUUGAGAUGGUCGAGAAGUCAAGAGAAGCCACAGGCAACAAGUCCAAUUAUUGGGCCCACUAAACUACCCUCAGCACCUCCCGAUAACAUACAAAUUGGCAUGUAUAACCUAACAGCUGGUUGGGUACGAUGGUCGUCACCACCACCCCAACAUCAUAAUGGCAAUCUCUUGGGCUAUAAAAUUGAGGUAACGGCUGGUAAUACCAUGAAAGUAUUAGCAAAUAUGACUUUGAAUUCUACCACAACAUCGGUACUGUUAAAUAAUUUAACAACUGGCGCUACUUACAAUGUACGUCUUAAUUCGUUUACCAAGGCCGGGGAGGGACCCUACUCACAGCCGGUUUCAUUAUUCAUGGAUCCCGCACAUUUAGUACAUCCCCCGCGUGCUCAUCCCAGUGGAUCGCACAGCAGUAUCACCGGCCAUGCUGGAGAUGGUGGUCAUUUUGCUUAUCAUCCCAAUGGUGCUGGUAUGCCAGAUGAUGCUGCCACCACAACAACUCAACGCAAAUCAACAACAAUUGUCCAUGAAACAUGGUUUAUGGCUUUGGUGAUAACAAUGCUUUUGGCCAUUUUAAUAUCCGCAGCAGCAGCCAUGUUGUUCUUCAAGCGGCGCCAUCAAUUGACCAAAGAAUUGGGUCAUUUAAGUGUAGUGAGUGCCAAUGAAAUUACCGCCUUGAAUAUCAAUGGCAAAGACAGUUUAUGGAUUGACAGAGGUUGGCGUACCACAGAUACCGACAAAGAUUCCGGUUUAAGUGAAACCAAACUACUGUCUAAUGCCAAUAGUCAAUCAAAUUAUAAUACAUCAAUAGAUGGUGGCACCGAUUAUGCUGAAGUCGAUACAAGAAAUAUGAGUACAUUUUAUAAUUGUCGUAAGAGUCCUGAAAAUCCUACUCCUUAUGCUACAACCAUGAUUAUAGGAGCUUCUUCAACAGAGACUACUUGCAUGAAGACAUCUGGUUCUAGUACAGAUCAAGAUUCAGGCACUCACUCACCCAAUUCGGAGGGCAUUAAUACACAUUGUCCUCCCAAUGGUCCUACGGCCAAACAUAAUUAUCAUCAGUAUCCUCCCGAACAAAUUAAUUGGUCAGAAUUUUUGCCACCACCACCGGAACAUCCACCACCAGUACCCUCAUCGUGUGGUUAUGCACCCGGCUCACCACAAUCCUCAAGAAAAAGUUCCAAAUCGGGAGGUUCUGGUGCUCUCAACUCUUCCAUACACAGCAGUUCUUCCGGUGGUUUCUCCACCUGGGGCAUGACACCUCAGUGUGCAGCCGCUGCCGCUGGUCGUGUGCCACCACAGGAGAAUUACUAUAAUAAUCCUUUACCCUGUGUGGGUGGCUCACAGAAUCGUUAUCAAAUUACUCCCACAGCUCAACAUCCUCCACCCCUGCCUCCCUACUUCCCACCCGGUACUGGGGUUGGCACUGCUCAACUGCCGCCUCGUAAUAUACAUAUCCAUUAUCCGCCACCCAGACAUGCUGUCAGCGAAUAUCAGCCAACGGGUACUCACAAUUCGAGAUGUUCUAAUGGCAGAACUUGCAACAGUUGUGAUGCCUUAGCAUCACCACACCAACCUCUGCCACCACCUGGUGAGGGUUGGUAUCAACCACUACAUGCGGCCCACAUAACAGCCAAUAACUCAUCAGCUCAUCAAAUCUAUCAAUGUUCCUCUGAAUGUUCCGAUCAUUCACGGACUUCUCAUUCCAAUGCCACAGCACACAACCAGCCUCCUAACAAUCAUCAUCAACAUUCUCACAAUCCACACGGUCACAGUCAUAGUCACAGCAGUCAUAUGGGCGGCAAUGAUACUAUGCGUUCGGAAAGUAGUCAAGAAAAUGGUAAAUCUUCCAAUCAUCGAUGUCACAAUAAAACCAAUAAUCGUUUUCCCGAAAUUAUCGAAAAUGAUCAGAAAAGUUUAGCAACCUCAUCGUGUACUUAUGAAGUUUUAGGUGAACCACGCAAUUGCAGUGAAUGCUGUAGUAGUUCACGUGAGGGUGAUACCUGUUCCUGCAGUGAGGGUUCCUGUCUCUAUGCAGAGGCUGGAGAACCGGGUAUGCCGCCUCAUAUGUCGGCGGCCGUCUUGACGAGUGGUCCUAAGAUAUUAACACAAAAUAAUUGAUAUGCAACGUAUGGUACAGUUGCUGGUGGUUGUGCAGUAGAUGCUGCCGGUAUGGUCACCGAUGUUGUCAUCUAUUUCUAGUGAAGCAGCUGCUAAUCAGCCAUCCACCACCACCACCAACAACUAGCCAUCAUGUACAGUAAGUGUAAAUUUUAAUAAAAAAUAAAACUUAAAUAAAUUAAAAAAUAAAAAAAAAAACAAAAAACAUUUUAGCAUUUAAACACUAUUUUAUACAUUUAUAAUUUAUUAUUAAACACCAUACUUUUUACUAAUUAAAGCUUAAAAAAAAUUACCGACAUAAUCAUUGUAAAUUGAAAAGCAUUGAGAUUUUUUCGUAGCCAUCGAAUAGUUAAAUUAUUUUUAGUAUUAUAAGACAU